UGCACACCAAAUAUUAUGCAACGUCAGAGGACCUCUCUGUCAAUCUGUCCCAAUUUGCAUCUCAUCAGCGCGUGGAGACAUGCAUGAGACAAGGACCGGCAGAUGAGACUCCUGGCUGAUCCCAGGCCUGCUCACUACAUGCAAGCGGACGUGCGUCGCAUAGGCUAGACGCUGCUGUCGCUACUGGAUGCAUACUGGCGCUCCCACCUCUGCGAGCACCCGAUCUGCACUCGGCUUUUACAGAACACGGUCUCCUUUCUGGGCUAUAUAUAACCUAACUAAUGUUUUAGCAGCCGCUGCUGAGGCUGUGGAUGCGUAAUUGCGCCAUGCUUCCGCACGGCACGGUGUGUUCUUUUAUUCCUCGGGACGAACGGGAGACCUCCGCCAUCGGUGCCAACUGAGAUGUGUUUUCUAAGCCGCUCGUCUGCUGAACGGACGCCUUCCGAGAUGGUGUAUGAACCCAAAGCGGGCUGCCCCUGUUCAGCAGAGAAUGGACCCACAGACAGGGAUGUUUCCUGUACCGGACACUUGUGAGAUGAAGGACAAGAAGAAAAAGAAGAAAUACUGAAUGCUUUUUUUGUUUGUUUUUUGUGCUGGGGAUCACCGCACAUCGGGAUGGAUGUGAGCCGACGUUGAACGGAUGCGUCUGAGUGGAAUUUGAGUGUGUUUUUCUGUGAAAGGGGCGGCGGAUCGUGUUGGAUUUUCGCUUCCCUUUCAGCCCUGGCAGGAUACUACCGCUCGUCGAUGAAUUGAUGUGGGGAUACACGCGACCUCGGCUGCAUAGAUGGCGAACGCAAGUGAGUUUGGGGGGAGCAGCCCGUCCUUACAGAACUAUGCGUCCGCGGCCUCUGCGGUCAAGCUGGCCUCCCUGGGUCUGAUCAUGGGCAUCAGCCUGCUGGGCAACGCGUCGCUGUCGCUGCUGCUGCUGAAGGACAGCUCGCUGCACAAGGCUCCCUACUAUUUCCUCCUGGACCUGUGCCUGGCGGACGUGGUGCGCUCCGCCGUCUGUUUCCCCUUCGUGAUGGCAUCGAUCGGCGGCGGCUCCUCCUGGCCGUACAGCGCGCUCAGCUGCAAGAUCGUCGCCUUCGUGUCGGUGCUCUUCUGCUUCCACGUCGCCUUCCUGCUCUUCUGCGUCAGCGUCACCCGCUACAUGGCGAUCGCCCACCACAGGUUCUACUACAAGCGGAUGAAUCUGUGUACGUGCGUGGCGGUGAUCUGCAUGGUGUGGACCCUUUCCGUGGCCAUGGCGUUCCCCCCGGUUUUCGACGUGGGCACCUACAAGUUCAUCCUCGAGGAGGAGCAGUGCACCUUCGAGCACCGCUACGUGAAGGCGAACGACACCCUGGGCUUCAUGUUGAUGCUGGCCGUCAUCGUGGGGACGACCCAUGUGGUUUACAUAAAGAUGCUGUGCUUCGUCUACGAUCACCGCAAGAUGAAGCCGGCACAGCUGGUCCCCGCCAUCAGCCAGAACUGGACCUUCCACGGCCCAGGUGCCACCGGACAGGCCGCGGCCAACUGGAUCGCCGGCUUCGGACGGGGACCCACCCCACCGACGCUGGUGGGCAUCAGGCAAGCGUCGCACCUCGGCAACAGGAGGCUGCUGGUGCUGGACGAGUUCAAGAUGGAGAAACGGAUCGGGAAGAUGUACUACAUGAUCACACUGACUUUCCUCGUCCUGUGGGCGCCUUACAUAAGCGCCUGCUACCUGAGAAUAUUUGUGCGCGGAGCUCCGGUCCCGCAGCUCUACCUGACCGCUGCGGUGUGGAUGAGCUUCGCCCAGGCGGGAGCGAACCCCAUCAUCAGCUUCCUGUUCAAUAAGGAGCUCCGGAUGCGCCUCAGAGCCUGUUUCCCCUGCUGUCUGGGAACACAGACACCCAUGGAGCCAUACUGUGUCAUCUGAACCGCGCUGCCCCCCAAAUACUGCCAAAGACACAUUACAUCUUGUUUCAGAAUGUACACAGACUGGUGCCCAAACUGUGUUUGUACACGCAGACUGGGGCUGUUGAGGAGGGUGAACCCACUCAUUUAUAUUGGUGACAAAGAUCUUACCCACUAUUUUAAUUAGGCAAAAACCUGAAUGAUGUAAAUUCUACUCUAGUUUACUUAUCAGAAUCAGACUAAUUAAAGCUAUAUGAUGCAUACUAAGGGACAGAAGCAUAAUGUGAUGCUUUUAUAAAAAAUAAAAUGUGUUUGAGGUUGUCUGCCUCACCAACUGGGCAUCAUGGUAAACCACCUUUUAAUUUACACCUCUGCAUGUACUGUAGGUGACAUUCACUCCAAAUAUAGGCUAUAGCCUUCAUGACAGCCAUGUGUCAUGUUAUGUCCCACAGACAGUUUUGAUGCCCUAUAUUGAGUAGAGCAACCGUUUUGGUUGACUACAAUAUUGUACAUGAAUGUCACUUUGGCUAUUUGUUUGUAUAUUUGGAAAUUAUAUCCCAGCGCACCCUUUUGAGGUUGUUUGCCUUUUGCAGAACUGGACUGAAACACAACAGGACUAUUUUAUCAGUCGGUUUCUCUAUAGCAUCUGUGACACACUUGGUUUCUAAUCGUUUGGAUACCACAAAUGAGAUGCAGAUCUCAGUAUAUUUUUAAUGAGGACAAUGUCACGUUUGUAAAUACUGUAAAGCCCCUUUUCCCUCUUUCCUUCUGCUUUUUUAACCAGAUAUGUUGUAUAUUUCAUAAUCUCUUAAGAUCCUCUGUGUUGAAAAGGUGUUAAAACUCACUUUAAAGGUAUUUUGCAAACUCUUAUUGUUUUUCAGGGGUCAAUUCUGUUGAGAAAUGGAUUGACUCGCGCUCCUGCAGCAUAUACAGAUAUCUUUCUUUUUCUACAGAUACGAACAUUGGGACUCUGAAGAUGUUAACUGGGUGCUUUGGAAAGGAUGUUUGCAUUGUUUGUAUUUCUUAGCAAAUAAAUAAGAAAUGGAUAAGUUGUCUGCAAUCUUCAAUCUCUGUUUUAAUAACAACUGCUUUGUUUUUAGUUAAUCUGGUUCUG